GCCCCGGCCCUGGGAGCGCCCCGGCGGAGCGGGCGGCCGGCCGGGCGCGGAGGGGAGCCGAGCGGGUCCCCCGGGGAGGACGAGCGCCGGGGCCGGAUCCGCGGCGGCGAGGCUGCGGGGGUCCUUCAUGAUGAGAGAUUUUGAAGUACUUCUCUCUCUUCUGUGUAGCUGAUAGUCUGGGUGGUGAGGAGAUGGCUGACAGUGUCAAAACCUUUCUCCAGGACCUUGGCAGGGGAAUCAAAGACUCCAUCUGGGGUAUUUGUACCAUCUCAAAGCUAGAUGCUCGAAUCCAACAAAAGAGAGAAGAACAACGGCGAAGAAGGGCAAGUAGUGUCCUGGCCCAGAGGAGAACCCAGAGUAUAGAGCGGAAACAAGAGAGUGAGCCACGCAUCGUUAGUAGAAUUUUCCAGUGCUGUGCUUGGAAUGGCGGAGUGUUCUGGUUCAGUCUUCUCUUGUUUUAUCGAGUCUUUAUCCCUGUGCUUCAGUCAGUAACAGCCCGAAUUAUUGGUGAUCCAUCACUACAUGGAGAUGUUUGGUCAUGGCUGGAGUUCUUCCUCACCUCAAUCUUCAGUGCUCUUUGGGUGCUCCCCCUGUUUGUGCUUAGCAAAGUUGUGAAUGCCAUUUGGUUUCAAGAUAUAGCUGACCUGGCAUUUGAGGUAUCAGGGAGGAAGCCUCAUCCAUUCCCUAGUGUCAGCAAAAUCAUUGCUGAUAUGCUUUUCAACCUUUUGCUUCAGGCUCUCUUCCUUAUUCAGGGGAUGUUUGUGAGUCUCUUUCCCAUUCAUCUUGUUGGUCAGCUGGUUAGUCUGCUGCAUAUGUCCCUUCUCUACUCACUGUACUGCUUUGAAUAUCGUUGGUUCAAUAAAGGAAUUGAAAUGCACCAGCGAUUGUCAAACAUCGAACGGAACUGGCCUUACUACUUUGGAUUUGGUUUGCCCUUGGCUUUCCUCACAGCAAUGCAGUCCUCAUACAUUAUUAGUGGCUGCCUCUUCUCUAUCCUCUUUCCUUUAUUCAUUAUCAGCGCCAAUGAAGCAAAGACCCCUGGAAAAGCAUACCUUUUCCAGUUGCGCCUCUUCUCCUUGGUGGUCUUCUUAAGCAACAGACUCUUCCACAAGACAGUCUACCUGCAAUCUGCCCUGAGCAGCUCAACCUCUGCAGAGAAAUUUCCUUCACCGCAUCCAUCUCCCGCCAAACUGAAGGCUGCUGCAGGCCACUGAGUCACCUGCUGUUCAGAAGGGAUGGGUGGGAUUGGAUGGAAGCUGUGGCAGCUCUUUUCUCUGUUCUCCUCCCCCUGCCAGGGAAGGCAGGACCCACUCUGCCAAGGGCCCUCUGCAUAGUCUCUUCUGUUUGUGGAGUUUGAAUUUUUGUCUCUGGUGCACAUAAGGCAGAAUCUUGACACCAGUAUGUGGAUUUUUACCACCAUCGUGAGUCUGAAAGGACCACAGCUCUUUUCUAGCAUUUGCAGCCCCCGUGCCUGGAUGGUUUGACUACUUCAUUUUCCUGUCUGUGCCAUUUACCCUCCCACCUCUCCUUCCUGCCUUCCAGCACCCUUGGAUGAAUGGAUUUUGUAAUUCUAGCUGUUGUAUUUUGUGGAUUUGUUAUUUUUGUUGUUUUCUGUGAAGCACAUAAAUUGGAUGUGGGGGAGGUAUAGGAGCAUCUCAGUUGCUCCUAGAUACUUCCUUUAUAGCCAUCACUGUCUUGUUUCUUGUAACUCAGGUUAGGUUUUGGUCUCUCUUGCUCUACUGCAAAAAAAAAAAAAAAAAAGAUAAAAGAGCCUGAAGAGAUGGGACAGAAGGAAAGACCUCAUAGCCAGAUUAGUUGUUUUGAGGAAUACCUUUCUUUCUUCCCCUUGAAGGGGAAAAGCUUUUAUUCACUGGUACAUUUAACGUUCCCCAACUAUGGGGAGGUACCAAUUCUGGACAAGUGCCACUGCAACACAGAAUGCUCAGAGAAACUGAACUUUUCCUCUGGAGAAUGGAAAUUUACUGUUGGCCACUGCCAGGUCGACUGGUAUUUCAAAGGAUUAUGGGUGCUGCAAAUAGGAACUGAAGAGGUAAACUUAUUAAACCCAUUAAGCCUGUGACUGGUGAUGUUUUCCUGUCAUUUUAGAAGACUAAAUAUGGGGUGGGAGAGCAGAUGUCAAAAACUUGUACAAUUUUUAAAUGUCACAAUUAAAUGUGAGCUGGUUUCCCACAAGUGUGUAAUGGUUGAAUUUGCAAAUCAUGACUUCAAGAUUUAUGUAUUCAUAGAGCACAAGACUUUGUCUUGGCUUAUAAUUUUGAGAGAUGCACUCUGGGAAGAGUUCUGUGAGAAUGUUUUUGUUACAUGAUUAUAAUCAUAUAUGUCUUAUGACAGAC